GCGGAAGCUUCUGUGUCCCCGCGCCCCGCAGGUUCCUGCUCGGGGACCGGACCUGAGGAGCCGCGGCCCUGACUUGUUCCGGCGCCUAGUGGCUUGACUCCAGCCCGAGUGGAGAGCGACCUGGAGCCGGAGACGGGCGACUGAAAGAAGCCCGAGCAUCCCUUGGGCCUGCGCCCAGGCUCGGAGACGGGCGGGUGGAGACCGAGCGGAGUCCUUCCUCGCCGCCGGCGCCCGUAGCUCGCCCGAGCUGCUUCCCGAACGCGCCGUCUUUAAUAAUACACCAACAGGUCCUACCAGUUACGAGCUGCAUGUUCUUUACAUGCACGCUUCAUAAUUAAAGCUCCCAACAACCCUCUAAGGAUAUUGUGAUUACUAAAUACCACAGAAGAGUAAGUGAAAAUUGUGAGGUUCUAAAACACAAGAAAGCCUCUUGGGCGCAAAAUUCUGCAGCAUCUCUGGAAUACUACCUGAGAAUUUUGGGGUGCCAUGUCGAAGAAACGCAAAUGGGAUGAUGACUAUGUUCGUUACUGGUUCACCUGUACAACAGAGGUUGAUGGAACUCAGCGCCCACAGUGUGUAUUGUGUAACUCGAUAUUUUCAAAUGCUGACCUCAGACCAUCAAAAUUGUCUGACCAUUUUAACAGACAGCAUGGUGGUGUAGGUGGGCAUGAUCUCAGUAGCCUGAAGCAUAUGCCAACACCAUCUGAUCAGAGUGAAACCUUGAAAACAUUUGGAGUUGCAUCUCACGAGGAUGCCUUAUUACAAGCAUCAUAUCAGUUUGCAUAUUUAUGUGCCAAGGAGAAGAAUCCUCAUACAAUAGCUGAAAAAUUAGUAAAACCUUGUGCAUUGGAAAUAGCACAAAUAGUUUUGGGACCAGAUGCACAAAAGAAGCUUCAGCAGGUACCCUUAUCAGAUGAUGUGAUCCAUUCUAGAAUUGAUGAAAUGAGCCAGGAUAUCUUACAGCAAGUUCUAGAGGACAUCAAAGCCAGUCCUCUGAAAGUGGGUAUUCAGCUUGCUGAGACAACGGACAUGGGUGACUGCAGUCAGCUAAUGGCAUUUGUACGAUACAUAAAAGAAAGAGAAAUCAUAGAAGAAUUUCUGUUCUGUGAACCACUGCAGUUAACAAUGAAAGGAAAAGAUGUGUUCAAUCUCUUCAGAGACUUCUUUUUGAAGCAUAAGAUAGCGCUUGAUGUAUGUGGCUCUGUUUGUACUGACGGUGCCUCUUCUAUGCUAGCAGAAAAUUCAGAAUUUGUUGCCUGUGUGAAAAAAGAGGCACCUCACAUCGUGAUCACACAUUGUUUGUUGAAUCCUCAUGACCUUGUCACAAAGACCUUGCCUACAAAACUGAGAGAUGCUCUGUUUACUGUGGUGAGGGUAAUAAAUUUCAUCAAAGGACGCGCUCCAAAUCAUCGCCUCUUUCAGGCUUUUUUUGAAGAAAUUGGAAUCGAGUAUAGUGUCCUCCUUUUCCAUACUGAAAUGAGGUGGCUUUCCCGAGGUCAAAUACUUACCCAUAUUUUUGAAAUGUAUGAAGAAAUAAAUCAGUUUCUUCACCACCAAAGCAGUAACUUAGUUGAUGGCUUUGAAAAUAAAGAGUUUAAAGUUCACUUAGCAUACCUUGCAGAUUUAUUCAAACACCUGAAUGAACUUAGUGCAUCUAUGCAAAGGACUGGGAUGAACACAGUGUCAGCUAGAGAAAAGUUAUCUGCUUUUGUUAGGAAGUUUCCAUUUUGGCUAAAGCGAAUUGAGAAGAGAAAUUUUACCAACUUUCCUCUUCUUGAAGAAAUCAUUGUUUCAGAUAAUGAAGCACCAAGCAUUGCAGCUGAAAUAACACUGCACCUGCAACAGCUGAGCAACUUCUUCCAUGGAUAUUUUUCUGUUGGAGAUCUUGCUGAGGCAAGUAAGUGGAUACUGGAUCCAUUUCUUUUUAAUCUGGAUUUUGUCGAUGAUGGUUAUUUGAUGAAAACUGAUCUUGCUGAAUUACGAGCUAGUGGCCAAAUCCUAAUGGAAUUUGAGACAAUGAAGCUUGAGGAUUUCUGGUGUGCUCAAUUCACAGUGUUUCCAAGCCUGGCAAAGACAGCUCUAGAAAUCCUUAUACCAUUUGCAACUACAUACCUUUGUGAGUUGGGAUUUUCAUCACUUUUACAUUUUAAAACAAAGUCCAGAAGCUGCUUUAAUAUGAGUGAUGACAUUCGUGUGGCUAUUUCAAAAAAAGUUCCUCGUUUCUCAGACAUCAUUGAACAAAAGCUACAGCUACAGCAGAAGUCACUGUGAGCUGAUACAUUUUUAAUAUAUUCUUAAUUUUAUUGUAAAAUUGUGUCUCUUUUAUAUUUAUGGCAUACCAAAUCCCAAGAAAAAGUUUAGCAUGUGUAACUUUUAAUUUUCACAGUUUUGAGAAUAAGAACACAGGCAGCAGAAAAGAUUAAAUACCACCUAGUGGAUACAUAGAAUUCUUCCAAGUAUCUGUUGAAGCUGUUGAUGUGAUACAUAAAAAGACACACAAGCACUAGAAUAUCCACCUAAGUGGUACAAUAGGCUAGGAAUGGAUCCCAGAGAAGAGAGGUCUCCCAGAACAUGCGUCUUCAUGUUAAAAGUAAAAGUUGAAGGACAAAAUGACAGAGUCCCCACGUCUCUGUGAGUGUUGUCAAUGGUUAGGCUAAUGCAAUAAGAAAAGGAUUAUGAAAUGUUAUAGUUGGAAAAGGGAUGGUUCUAGUUUAUAUAAGAUUUACUUUUAAAUGUAUUCUUUGGAGUUAGUCUUACAAUGUCCAUUCCUCUAGCUCCCAUGCUCUAAAUACCAUGACAUUAAUAAAUGUCCUAAUAUC